AUGGAGAACUCACAACCAAGCAAAUCACCAGGUCCAAUAUUCAUGGACCACCUGAUCAACCAAUUAUCCCAAUUCCAAGCUCCUGAACAGACAAUCGAGGACCUACCAAGAACACAACGUGGAACCCAACUUGAGGAAAAACCACCCAACCCACUCUCUGCACUACCAGCUUCACAACUCGCCCAAGUGAAGCCUCUGAUGCUUACAAUACAUUCUCUAUUCCCGAAUGAUCUCCUACCAGCUCUUGAUAUCUUGGACCGAGGACUCGUGCAGCGCUUUAUACGCGAGGAUCGAAUGGAUGAUCCUACAGCUCCGAGUCACUCAGAGCUGGAACACUCACGAGAUCAAGAAAUGACAAUGAAUCCAUCCCAAAACUUGAAACAAAAUACAAAGAGUGACACAUCCGCACAAUCUGAAGACAUUUUCUUCGUGAUAUCUGCUUCAUCGGCUCCUUUACCCAAACCUCCUGGGACAUCAUCUCCAUCUACACCCGGCAAUGUUCCACCCCAAACACAGACACAGACGCAGACACAGGAACAAAUCAAAGGAUACGAAGUCAGAUUACAUGCAUGGAAUUGUACAUGUCCUACAUUUGCGCUCUCUGCAUUUCGGGAUCCUUCUAGAUUGAAUCACCAGUUUGAAUAUCCCUCUGGUAUACACAUAGCGGACCCGGAUCAGAGUGGAAAUGUCUAUCCCUAUCCGUAUCCCUUUGGUGGGACUCUUACUUCUGUUCGAGACAGGGCUUCUCCUCCUAUUUGUAAACAUAUUCUUGCUUGUUUGCUUUUUAUUCGAUGUCCUGGUUUAUUUGGAGGUUGUGGAGAUGGGAGAUGUAUUAUUUCUAAAGAGGAGUUGGCGGGGUGGUGUGCUGGUUUUGGUGGAUAA